UGUUUAGUGGGAUGGGACGACUAAAAAACUUCCAAGGUUUGUUUUGGUUUCCUUGCAGUAUUUUUUGAAUAAGAGCGCAGAGGAAUUUCUCCUUCAAAAAUGACCUCAAAGGAGCUUCAGGAGGAAGAAAUAGAAGCCCUCCUAUCAAUUUACGAGACUGAUGUGGCAUUCAAGCAGAUAAAUCCCACAACAUAUCAAUACAAAUAUGGUGAGGAUGAUGCUAGUAAGUCCUUCCUUGUGGAAAUCUGCUGGACACCAGAGUACCCCAAUGAGGCCCCUCAGAUCAACCUGGACACAUUCUACAAUCGCAAUCUCAUUGGGAGUGUCAAAGAGAAAAUCCAGGAAGUUCUCCGGGAAGAGGCUCAGCAGUGGCUAGGAUGUGGCAUGACGUAUACGUUAUUUGAGUGCUUAAAGGAGCGACUGGAUGAGUUGACGGCAUCCCAACCGGAAAAUAUACAUGCCACUGUGGAUAUUGCUGAUGAAGUGGAGAAGCUGGAAGUUGCACCAAAGGCAACGGCCAAAAAGGAACAUCUCACCAAAGCUCAGAAGCGGCGUCAAUGGGAACGGACGGAUCACAAAGGAGAGCGUCCACGUGGAUGGAAUUGGGUCGACAUCAUUAGGCAUUUAUCGCAAACCGGAGGGAAGUCUCAGGAUAAUCCUCAAUCGUGAUUCUGUGAAUCUCUUUGUUUAUUCGUGGAAGCCCCUAAAGGCGUAUAAGAUACAAUUAAAAAUUAAAAAGGACAUUACAAAUUACUCUA